GUUUUAUAUAAAUGUAAAUAAAUUGGAAAGUUUUGUGCGUUGGUGGGGACGUCGUCAUGUCAAAGCGUUGAUUAUUGUGACUGUUGUUAGACAUUAAGACAAAAUGCUAGGGAGGUCAAAUAGUAUAAUCGGCAUUGUGAAUCGGAACAAGCGACAGGCCAAAGAUGGUUCGAUUUCCAAGACUCUCCCUGGCUCUGCGGGUUGGCUUUGGUCCGACCAGUCCCUCCGCUUCUAUCAGGACGCGCUGAGUUUUGUGGAGGCCGGGAUCAAACAGCACAAGAGCCGCAUUUUCCUGACACGCUUGUUUUUGAAGCCCUGCGUCAUUGUUGCAGAUAAUGAGGUCUUGCGUGAGCUCUUGACAGAGAAGAAUGAUGACUAUGAAGCUGGCAUGGAUGAAUAUUUUGAUCUCUUUGGGGAUAAUCUCUUAUUUAUGAAUGGAGCAGAAGCAAAGUUGACAAGAGAACUUCUCUUCCCUCUGUUUAAUCAAGAAUCUAAGUCAGGAUAUAAGGUUAUUACAGAAGAUCUGCUGAGAACCUGGGUUUCUGAAGUAGAUACUGAAACACCUUUUGAUGUUUAUGAAUCCACAAAGAACUUUGCUUUGCUCCUGAACCUGCGGCUUUACCUUGGACUCGACCACACGAAAGAACCAGAUCUCGUACAGAUGUUCACCUCAGUGGCAAGCACCCACUGGCAUGGUUUGUGUUCCCUGCCUGUAAACAUUAGAAUUCCUGGUCUGAAGUCUGGCUUUGGCACGGCAGUUGAGGCUAAGGACGAACUACUGGCUCUGCUGCGGAAGCGACUCUACGAAGAUAGUAAUCAUGCUUUCUUGGAGAACAUGCGUGAAAGUGUUCCUGAUGAGGAACUGCAGUUGAACCACCUCCUUGUCUGCUGCUGUGCUCUCAUUCCAAAAGUGUUUGCAUCAGUCCUCACCUCAUUCAUUCUAAUGGCUCCAUCAUGGAAGGCAUUUUAUCAGGCAUGUUCAUCAGAGGAAGAGGAAGACAAGGCACUGGAUUCAAUUUUGCUUGAGGUUGUCCGCCUGAUGCCCCCUCUUGCAGGUGGUCGUCGUGUAGCCUUAAAGGACACGCAGCUCAGUGGCUAUGAGAUAUCUGCUGGAAUGGUGAUCCAUUUCAGCUUCUUUGGGGCGCAUACAGACCCAAAGUUUUUCCCUCACCCAAAAAAGUUUUGGCCCGAGAGAUGGAGUCAGGACAAUAAAGAUGACCGAGGACGAAUUUUUGCCUUCGGAGCUGGACCACGAGAGUGCAUUGGAAAGAGGAUGAUUUGGGACAUAAUGAUGAUGUUUUGCAAAACCUUUGUAAAAGAAUUUGAUUGGGUCAUCACGGACGACCAUCUGAAAGAAAUGAAAUACAUCCCUGCUGUCCGGCCAAAACAGAAACCGCAGAUUGAAUUGCAAUCAAUAAGGAAAUAAUGAGAUAGAAAAUUAUCGUUGAUGCUCAUUCAUACCUGUAGAAGAAAGUAUGAGUGGGAAAAAAUUCUAAUAUUUAUUAUCUUAUUAAUUCUUGUUCAAACCUUCUUCUACUACAUUCUCAAGGAUUGCUGUUUAAUCUAUUUUUGCAAAUGGGCGUAAUUAGACUACUUCGGUCACAAGUGGAAUGAUACACAAUUAUGUAUGCUGAUACUCUGUUGAUCAGCUUAAACUGUGAUAAGAAAUUGCAUGAAAAUGAAAGCACAGAAUAUUAUAGCACAACAAUUUUCACAAACUGCAAAGUAGAAUAGUGGAGUUAUUUAUUCAAGCAACACCUUCUUUUCAAUCUUAUUAUAAUUCAUUUGUUAUAAGCUUUUACUUUUCCCCCACAGUCUUUGAAGAUUUCAUAUGCAUGAAUGCUAUUCAGCAUUUUAUCAUUGACCCUAGACAACUAAAGGAAAAGUGUGGAAUUGUUUUUAUGAUAAUGUGAUUUAUAGUUAUUGAUAUUUGCCAAAUUGUUUUGCUCUGUUAAAAAUAGUUAUUUGAAAACUUUUUUUUUUUUUUUUGAAGAUAUGAAAGUAUUUUUAACAUUCUAUUUCCUUAGUAUUUUGUAUACUAACAAAUUGUCUAUGUUUAAAGAAAAUAUGAUUCUUCACUCAUUGUAUGUAGGGUGCAUAAAAGCCAAUUCCCACAUAUGCUCUUCACACCUAGUAACCCGAAUACAAGCCAUGGUGAUGGAAUCUUGUAGCAGCAUCAAAAUUGCCAUGACAUGUAGAAGGAUCACCUGGUGCCAAGAGGUUUUACCCUGAAGUCAGAGAGGACUUAGCUGGCCUUGCUCUCUUUCAUAUAGCUGUAAUAUUUUUUUUUGUUUAUUUGCAAUGUGAUUAAUUAUUUAAAACUUGAGCUUGCAGCUGCAUUACACAAUGAAUGUCUUGAAGUCUGCUGUAUGUGUUAGGGAGUUUAAUCCCUUUUUUGUGAUGAGAUUUUUUUUUCCUUUUUUUUUUCAUCAAAAUCCUUUCAUGGAAAUACAAACAGAUAUUUUAUCACAUUCAAAGGAUCUCUAUUGUUGGUAAUGUGCACACAGUUAAUUCUUAUAAUUAAGGUAUAUUUUACUCACUUUUAGGUUUGGUUCAUUUGUAAAACUUAGAUGAAAUAUUAGGAAAAAGAGAAAAAUGAUGGUGCAUAAAAAAGUCAAGAAAUGGCAGAAGGAAAAUGCAUUGUUUUUUUAUGGAUGUGUAAGACAGCUCCCUGAUAAGUGGAUUACUUACACAUCCAUACAUGUUACAAGACUAGAGAAGGCAUUAAAUAUCUUAUGUUGAAGCUUUAGGUUGUUUAAUAUUAGAUUAAAAGUUGUGUGUUAUUAGAUGUAUUUAGAUGAACUAUUAGGAAAAGAGAAAAAUGAUGCUACAUAAAAAAAGUCAAGAAAUGCAUUAAGGUUUUUUUAUGAAUGUGUAAGAAAG